AUGCUUCAAUUUCUUCCUCUAACAAAUUAUGUACCUGUGAAUAAGGAGAAAUUAAGAGAGUGUAUUAUAUGCAUGAAUGAUUUAAAACUUGGAGAUGAAGUACGUUACUUGCCCUGUCUACAUACUUAUCAUCGUAUAUGUAUUGAUGAAUGGCUUAUGCGUUCGUUUAGUUGUCCUACAUGCCUUUUAAAUUUAGAACCGGAUACUUCACUAACUACAACAACAACAGUAACGGCGCCAAGAACACAAAUUCUGUUCUCAUCAGAAAAUACUGUUGCACCGACAGUGACGUGUGAUUCACCCCCAACAACAAAUAAUACUACUAACCCUGUUAUAUCAUCCACAGAAAUAGUAUUAUCUCCCGGAUUUAAUCAGUCAUUAGCAAAUGACUCUUGCCCAAAUAUCAACUAAUACUCAAUCAGUGUAAUAUCGAUCAUUGACACGCUUCAGUCAUCUGUGAUAUAUGUAUAUGUAACUAAGAUGUGUUUCUGUCACAAUCUGUCUUCCAUUUAAAUUCAUAUCUUUUGCUUUAUUUGUUUCUGCAUCUAUAUACUGUGC